AUGGAAAAUAAGGAAAUAUCAAUUAGGUCAAGAACCCCUCCAUCGAAGCUAUAUUCCAUUCAAUCAUGUAUUGGCAGAGGUAACUUUGGUGAUGUUUAUAAGGCAAUGGAUAGAGUUACGCAAGAGAUAGUGGCAAUUAAGGUAGUGAACCUGGAGCAUUCUGAUGAAGACAUUGAACUGUUAGCACAAGAAAUUUUUUUUCUGGCAGAGUUGAAAUCUCCUCUUAUUACCAAUUAUAUUACCACAAUGUUAGAGGAUGUCUCUAUGUGGAUUGUUAUGGAAUAUUGUGGCGGUGGUUCGUGUUCGGAUUUACUGAAGCGAAGUUACGUCAACGGUUUGCCAGAAGAGAAAGUUUCCUUCAUUAUUCAUCAAGUCACCCUGGGUUUGAAAUAUCUGCACGAACAAAGGAAAAUUCAUCGUGAUAUCAAAGCUGCCAAUAUUCUGCUAAAUGAGGAAGGUAUGGUUAAGUUGGGAGAUUUUGGAGUAAGCGGUCACAUUCGUUCCACUUUGAAAAGGGACACUUUUGUGGGAACGCCGUAUUGGAUGGCUCCGGAAGUUGUUUGCUGCGAAGUUGAUGGGUAUAACGAGAAAGCGGAUAUAUGGUCCUUGGGUAUUACCACUUAUGAAUUACUUAAAGGUUUACCCCCAUUAUCUAAAUAUGAUCCUAUGAAAGUUAUGACUAACUUACCAAAGAGGAAGCCCCCAAAAUUACAAGGCCCCUUUUCGGAUGCAGCAAAGGAGUUUGUAGCUGGAUGUCUUGUUAAAACACCUGCUGAUCGGCCAUCAGCGUACGACUUGUUAUCAUUUGAAUUUAUUAAGAAUAUCACCGUAACAAAUUUGAAAAGUGAUGUCGAACUGAUCAAACAGAAAAAAGUGCAAGAGAGAUAUACAAAAGUUCCUAAAUACCCUCUUCAAAAUCGUUUGUAUAACAGCAGCAACACAGUAAGGGGAAAGGAAUUUUGGAAUUUUGAAUCGACUAGACUAAGAACAACACAAAUAUCCAAAAAGGAAUUAUCUCCUACUACACAGGACUCCCCAGUAUCAUCUUUGAAUAUGGAAAGCCCUUAUCUACUUCAUGGGCAAACUGUAACGCCGAUAACUAACCCAAGUUCUUCAUCAUUUAGGAAAUGUGCGCAAGCAGUUUUCGAGCUUGACUCAGGAAUGGAUAUAGAUUCAGGUUGUGCAAAUGUUCACGCAGAGAUCGAAAUGGUCGCCUCUUCUAAUCACAACAAGAAGCAUAAAAAGAACGAUAUUCAGGCGUUGAAGAUAGAAAAGUUUGAUUACUUGAAAAAUAUUGUAUCUCAUAUUCUCAACAGAAUGUAUGAUCGUGCACGCGAUGAUGAAACAAGGAAAUACGUGAAUGAAAUGUUAAAGCAAUUUAUGAAAACGGAAGCAAACGUUCCUGGGUUUAAUGAAGUUUUUAUAGAAGAGAUUUCAUUAAGAAUUGAAGCAAUAAAGAAAGGAUUCGUGUAA